UUCUCCGUUUAACUUCACGGACUGCAGGAAAUCUGAGUUUUAUGGUCAUCCUGUCUGUCUCAGGGCUGGGUUUUUCUUUCUUCCAGCAAAACGAAGAAAAACAAGCGAUUUUUAAAACAUGACGAGACAAAGACGACGAUUUAACGCGAACAAAUAAGACACUUUCGGGACUUGCCAUGGCGAUAAGGGAGCUCAAAGUUUGUCUUUUAGGGGACACUGGCGUUGGCAAAUCCAGCAUUGUUUGUCGAUUCGUCCAAGAUCACUUCGACCACAACAUAAGCCCGACCAUAGGGGCGUCAUUCCUGACCAAGACAGUACCGUGUGGAAAUGAGCUCCAUAAAUUUCUAAUCUGGGACACGGCGGGACAAGAACGGUUUCACUCAUUYGCUCCCAUGUACUACCGAGGCUCAGCUGCUGCUGUCAUCGUCUACGACAUAACUAAACUGGACUCUUUUCAGACACUGAAGAAGUGGGUGAAGGAYCUGAAGGAACACGGGCCGGAGGACAUCGUUGUGGCCAUAGCUGGAAACAAGAACGAUUUAGGAGACAUCAGGGAAGUUCCUAUGAAGGAGGCAAAGGAGUUUGCAGAAUCAAUCGCAGCUAUUUUUAUUGAGACCAGCGCCAGAAACGCUGUUAAUGUUGAGGAGCUCUUUCAGAAAAUCAGCAAACAGAUCCCACCCCUGGAAAACCCUGAAGUAGAAAGCAAUGAUUCCUUCAAACUCACCCGACAGCCCAAUUCCACCAGCAGGAGGUGCUGCUAGUACCAGGAGGACCUGAUAGACCCACCACCAGGACCCCCGCCGGCAGGCACAAAGUCCAUGAUGCAGUAUUAGGAGACUGAGGUCAGAACAAGGGGAACAAAAACAAAGUGUUGUCAGUGUUAUGUAGAUCAGAACAUGUUUAUAUGUCAUGAUGUUGAAGCAGYAACCUGUUGGAUUUGCUGCCCUCUGGUGGUGAUUCGACUGCAUUACAUUUUACAAACUAUUAAUACAAUAAAAUUUUAAGAUCAAUUCUAGAGUCACCUGCUGUUCAGAUAUUCUAAUCUGCAUCAAUUUCAAGUUGUUUACUAAAGAUAUAACUUUGCACUCAUCCACUCUUGGAGCAUUUGUGCAGAUUGUAUUUAGAAUAUUUAAAUAAGAGGCGAAACCAGUUCCUCUUUGUUGUGUACUUUAUACAUGCUGGUUUAUUUAAAAGGUUUCAUGUUGCACAACGAACGGCUCCAAGGCUGAAAUCCAUUAUUACACCCUUCUGCAGAAAUGGUGUGAGCAGRAUUAGAUUUGUUUACAUAUAAACAUCACUACAGCUGGAAACAGCUGCCAAACAGCAGCUUAGCUUGUGUUUUACCAAGAGAAAUAAUGUCAAUAAAGACAUAAAAACUAUAAGUAAAUACUUCUUGUUCUAAAAAACACUUUUUACACAUACUGGACUCUGGAAGGAAUGUUGCAACAAAAAGGUGCACAAACUGAAAUUAUGUUUAGCUCCUGUUUUUAACAAUAACGUAUACAAAUUUGAUCACUUUAAAAGUGGAAAUAGUCUGUUUAAUAAAAGUCUGCAGUUUUUUUUAUAAUUUAGUUUGUCAUGACAUCAGGGUUUAAUUAAAUAUUGGAUUAAAGAUGAAGAAUCUAUUGUUUUGUAUAAAAAAGAUAUUUUAGGAUUUUUCCACUUAAAAGCAAAAUUAAUAUAAAAUGCACCAAACAUCCUUUAUAACUACAAAACAGUUUUGCUACAGUGGUUACAUUUAAAAACAAGAUGAGAAGUGACCUUUAAAUUCUUCCAAAACAUAUUGUUUAAGAAAAUAUCAGGCUUGGGACUGCAAAAAUGAAAGAUAAAAGAUUAGUAGAGAAUCAGAAAAUGUUUUUAUUGCCACUGAAGUGCCUUUUUAAAGCGAACACCACUCAAUGAUGUAGUUUUUAGUUGGUACAGUCUUUGAAAGUGUGUUUUCAUUUAACCUCAUUUUGUAACUCAUGCUUGUACWCUCUAGAAAAGAAUAUUUGUAUAAUAAAACUUGUAACUAAA